AUGACCAUGAAGAUUCUUCUCGUUACCACGUUACUGUUUACCAUCACAUAUGGUACUCCAGUUCAGGACUUCGUCAAAGGAAACCGCCUCUUCACUGCCGACAUCUACAAGGAGUACAAGAAACAAGAAAACAACAACUUCUUAAUAAGUCCCUUUUCGGCUGAAGUAGUCCUCGGUUUAACCCACUCAGGAGCCAAGGAUGCAACGGCCCAAGAACUCCGCACAAGCUUGCACUUUCCAGACAACGACCAAGCCAUCAGAUCAGGAAUUCGUUCGUACUUCGAGUCCUUAAAAUCGCGCGAUUCAAACGCCUACCAGUUCCACUCCGCCAAUAAAAUCUACGUGAAAAAAAAUCUACCCAUCAAAACCGAAUUCAAGCAGACUGCGACUACCGAUUAUCUGGCGGAGGUAGAAAACAUCGAUUUUUCGCAAAAAACAGAGGCUGCUAAUACCAUAAACCAGUGGGUGGAAAAACAAACCAAAAACAAAAUCCACAACUUGAUGGAUCCGAAGAGUCUCGGAGAUGACGUGGCGGCGGUACUUAUCAACACUUUGUACUUCCAAGGACGCUGGUUGUUCGAUUUUGCAAAAGAAGAUACGAAAAAAGCUGACUUUUACAAAACUAGUAGUGACGUGGUUAAAGUUGACACGAUGUUCCAACCAGCAAAAUUUUAUAAUUACUUUGAAAGUACUGAACUGAAAGCCAGAUUUUUAGAACUGGGGUUCCAAGGUCGGGGUGCUUCUUUUGUGAUUGUUCUACCCAACGAGAAAGACGGAUUGGCUGCUCUGGAAGAAAAGCCAGAGAAGGUUUUUGCGAGCCAUGAAUUUAAACACGAGCGGGUGAAAGUGGCUUUACCGAAAUUCAAAAUUGACAGUAAAGUUGACUUCAAGAAGAUUUUGAAAGAGCUUGGGGUGUCUAAAAUGUUCACUAAUGAGGCUGAUUUAAGCGGAAUCGCUGCUAAGAAAGAUGACUUAGCUGUUGGUGAGGUGGUGCAAAAAACUUUUAUUGACGUUAAUGAAGAGGGAGUUUUGCCAGUUCUUGGUUUUGGCUUCAUGCGUGGCCACCCCAAGGACUUUAUCGUGGAUCGACCAUUUAUCUUCUACAUUAAAGUUCGUGGUGUCGUGCUUUUCGCUGGAAGAGUUGUAGAACCCAAAGAAUAA